CACCGAUCAUGGAAAGAGCCGAAGAUGUCGGCUUGGUCAUGUGAUCAGCUGUGUCCAAUCACAGCUGACCACAUGUGCACUGAUCAUCAGUGUACCCCAGCAGUGCCACCUGUCAGUGUUCAUCAGUGCCUUGUAUCAGUGCUCAUCAGUGCUUCGUGCCAGUGCCCAUCAGUGCCACAUCAAUGCCACAUAUCAGUGCCCAUCUGAGCUGCCUUUCAAUGUCACCCAUCAGUGCCAGUCAGUGCCACCUAUCAAUGCCAAUCAGUGCCACCUAUCAGUGCUGCCAAUCAGUGCCACCUAUCAGUGCCAGUCAGUG